GACUUGUAAACACAUCUCUCUGUUGUCCCUGUGUCGGCACAGCAACUACGGAAGAAGCAUUCGGUCAGUGUAAGUUGUGGAAGAGUCGACUUCAUGCCAUGCACAACCUUUGGUCAGGAACUUUAGAUUAGUAAACGGAACAUUAAAUGCACGAAUAGAGAUACUUGUUUUGAGAUGAGAUUGUAACGGUGUCAGGAGCAACUCUGCAUUUUAGCAUAGCCGAACUGAGCUACUGAAUUGAAUCAGCUGACAGUCGAUUUGGAUUGUAACUUCACUGAGGUUAUCAAGUUCAGUCUAUAUCUGUAAAUAUUUGCAUAUAUCCCAACAUGGAGUCAUGUGGAGUGGUUGGUGCUCUUGCGGGCAUUGUGGUAGCUGGACUGGUGUUUGCUGCCUACAAACUGGGUUUACUCUACCAGUUGUUUCACAAGGUAGGUGAUCAUAUUUUUAUCAUGGCUUAAAAAAACUCUAAAUUUUGUGUUAUUUUUUUCACAUGCAUUUAUUAUAAGCAGCCUUACAUAUCAGUCAUAGCAUAGAGCUUCAUCAUCAGUGCUCUGUGGCAACUCAUAGUAGGACACACCAUUCAUGUAAACUUUGACCAGCCCUGUGGUUUUCCAGUACAAAGGCUAUCACAACACCCAGGCUGUCAGUGGGAUUGCACAAAGCCAUGAGGCUCAUCCUCACUGUUGGCCAGGACAAUAUAAACUGUUAUUGUGAAAUAUGAAAGGCCAGCUGUGUAAAGAGAUAGUGGGACACAGGUGACCUUUAGAGGGGCCAUCAACUGACACUGAUAGUUAUCUGUAGCUGGACUUGUUUCAAGAUUUAAUCAUUAUAUAUUCAGUUGAAAGUCUUAAUCAGCAAGAAUUACUCAUCUACACUUUUAUAUAUCACCCAUCUUUUUUCUUCUUCUCUGACUCACUUCAGACUGAGACCAAGAGCCCUCGCCAUGGUGGUGAGAGUGUGGCAGAGGUCCUCCGCGCCCAUGGGGUCAAGUACGUUUUCACCCUUGUUGGUGGACACAUCUCUCCUAUUCUGGUUGCAUGUGAGAAAUUGGGCAUCCGUAUUGUGGACACUAGACAUGAGGCUACUGCUGUCUUUGCUGCUGAUGCUGUGGCAAGACUCUCAGGUGUGUAUUAUUUCCGAAAGUACACAAAAGAGAUAUUCCAGCUUAAAAUUAGCUCACCACCAUAACACAGAGUUAGACACCCCCUCGAGAGAUGAAUGUUGCCAACUGCUUGCUUCUCUAGUUAUACCAACUUUAGUAAUGACCACACGAUAGCAAUACACAGCGGUCUGAGGAGCCACAAACAAACCUCAACCAAAACCCCACUCUAUAGCUACAAAUAAUACUCAGAACAGCACCUAACUUCAUUAACAGUACAUAUAAGGUCCCAGUCAUAGCACUAGCCACCAAACAAGUUUUUAGCUUUGCCUAAUUUCUUUAGCAAAGAGACUAAAAACAACUCACCUACUCUCUUCCAGCACCCACUUGUUUGUAGGGAGACCUCAGGCCAGUUCAUUACGGACUGCAACGGGGUGACGCAGCUCAAGGAAGAACAUUUAUAAUCAUUUCUUCAUGGAAAUGCAAUCAGACUGAGAUGCUAAGGCAGAAGAACUACUGCAUCUGCAGUGUAAAAUGAUUAAUAUGGUGAUUAUUACUUCAAGGAAAUGAUAAAUACAUGAUCAUAAAUGUUCCUCCUUGAGAUGCGUCACCCGCUGCAGUCCAUAAUGGACUGGCCUGAAGUCUCACAACAAACAAGUGGCUGCUGGAAGAGAGUAGAUGAGUUGUGUUUAGUCUCUUUGCUAAAAAAAUUGGACAAAGUUAAAAAGAUGUUUGGUGGCUAGUGCUAUGACCGGGACUCUAUAUGUACUGUAGAUGAAGUUAGGUGCUGUUCUGAGCAUUAUUUGUGCCUAUAGAGUGGCUUUUUGGUUGAGUUUUGUUUAUGGCUCCUCAGACCGCUGUGUAUUGCUAUCGUGCGGUCGUCACUGAAGUUGGUAUAACUAGAGAAGCAAGCAGUCGGCAACAUCCAUCUCUCGACGGGGUGUCUAACUCUGUGUUACAGUGUGUUUGACCCUAAAACAAUUUUACGCCAGACUACCCCUUUAAAUGCAUAAUUCUUUUUUUUGUAGCCUGUAUUAUGUUAACAGCAGCUAUAGAGAAUAAAAGAUUUGGGUUUGCUGUUGCUCCGUUAAACUGUGUCUUGGUUUACGGCUUUUCAGUUGUUGGUGGUUUGUUUUGGCAUAAACAGUUACUUACUGUAUAUCUUGGGGCUGGAUUAUAUUUUAGUGUAAACAUAUUCAUCAUUUGUGGUGAUUUGAAGGACUGAUUGCUGACAUGAUUUUUUCCCCUACCAGGAACAGUUGGUGUGGCGGCAGUGACUGCUGGCCCUGGCCUUACUAACACAGUGACGGCAGUGAAGAACGCUCAGAUGGCUGAAUCUCCUUUGCUGCUUAUGGGGGGAGCUGCUGGAACAUUACUUCAGGUGCACUUGAUUUAAAUAGUUAUGUGUUCAAGUUUGUUUUAAACACCAAUGCAAAUAAGAUGUGAAUGUGCUGGCGGAUUUUAACUGCAUCGCAAAAUUGUUAGUAGCAUUUGGUUUUAGUGCUGACAGUAUGUUGUAGAUGUUUUGAUGUGUUGUAUUUCAUCUUCAAUUGUUGUAUCUUUAACGUCUGUUUUCCCCAUUAACUUUUUAUGUCACAGGGUAGAGGAGCUUUGCAAGACAUUGAUCAAAUGUCUCUCUUCAAACCCCUGUGCAAGUUCUGUGCCUCCAUCAGGACUGUCAGGGAGAUCGUACCUACUGUCAGAAAAGCCCUGGCCAUUGCCCAGUCCGGAACUCCUGGUCCUGUUUUCAUUGAGUUUCCCAUCGACACGCUGUACCCCUUCCAUCUUGUGUCCAAAGAGUUUGGUGUCAAGAACCCCCCAAAAGGUCUGAUGGGAAAAAUUGUUACAUGGUAGGUAAAAACCAUUUUUACAAGUUUAACAAACAACUUAAUAAUUGUAAGAGAAUCAAUACGUUGGGAGAUGAAAAAAAAAACGGUGGUUUCUUAGAAGUCUAAAAAUGUGAUGUAUAGAAAUCUUUGAGCUUUUGUUCAAAUUUGACAGGUACAUUUAUACAAAAGCUGGAAGUUUUGUGCCUUUCCUCUCAAUGUGAUUCUUUUUUUCCGUACAAGAGCAAAAAUACAGCAAUGCAGUGUUCUGAUUUCUUGCAAGGUACCUCAAUAACCACCUCAUGAAUCUAUAUGCUGGAGCCUGGGAGACCAGAGAUGUGUCACCACUCCCUGUAGACAUCCCACAAGCUACAGAUGAUCAGGUAGGGCAACUCUUAGUUUUAAGGUUUUAUGUUAUUCAGGCAUUCACACUUUUUAGCCAAGUACGAUACAGCCUGUCUUUGUCAGGAAUUACAGUCAACAAUGACUAUAACAGAAUUUCAAAUAUUUUACCGCUUUAUUUCUCUAAAAUUAAAAUUAGGUGCAAAAGUGCAUUGAGCUGGUAAGUCGAGCAAAGAAGCCUGUUAUCCUGCUGGGCAGCCAAGCAACCUUACCCCCAACGCCUGUGGAUGACAUCAGGUAAAGGAAAACAUGUCAUGUCCUGUUUUUUCUAACCUUUUCUGUGCUGUACCUUUAGGUUUUGUAAUGCAGUUUACCGCCACUAAAUGUAAGAAGUUAAAAGAAAUACUAUUUUGAUAUUCAACGUUGUGAUGCUUAUCUGGUCAAAAUAUUUUCUUGAGUUUAGGAGGGCAUUGGAGGACCUGGGCAUUCCCUGCUUCCUUGGCGGCAUGUCCCGCGGCAUGCUGGGUAAAGACAGUCCAAUUCACAUCAGACAAAACAGGCGAGAUGCUCUAAAGGAGGCAGACUUGGUGCUCUUAGCAGGUCAGACAUAUGGAUUUACAGUUAAACUGAUGCAUUUGCUGGUUUGAUGAUUCAAUGAUUGAUUUCAUAAUUGAUUUAAAAAUAUAUAGAGAAUUCAGUUCAUUUGAAAAUCUUUAAACCAAAUCUAGAUUUUGAUUUUAAAAAACAAGUUAUUGCUAAUACCAAAUUUGCAAGUUGGCAGGCCCAACCUUAGGAUAUGUGGCUGUCUAGAUAAAUUGUAACAAUGUAUAUAUUUUUUUGUCUGCAGGCACUGUGUGUGACUUUCGGCUGAGCUAUGGCAGAGUUCUCAACAGACGCAGUAAAAUCAUUGCGGUCAACAGAGAUAAAACACAGCUGCUGAAAAAUUCGGAUAUGUUUUGGAAACCGACAAUAGCAAUUCAGGGUAUGUUAUGAGGAUGCCGUCACGUCGGACCGUCGCACAAAGAGCAUAAGGUGUCAUUUAGAUCUUUAGCGAUUUAGCAGUUAAAGCUCCUGUUAGGAUCUCCUGUCAUUGUUAAUUUUGGCACACCCCUCAGAAGAAUAGUGUUUUUUUUUAUCUUUUCCUGUACAUGUGACAGUUAUUUCUUUUUUCUUUUUACAAUCAAACAUAUCACCUAACAAGAGUCUUUGCUAUGGUAAAUUUAAGAAUUAUAAGAAAAGCUGUUUCUUCAAUGAGUUGUUAAACAGAUCAACAGCCGCAACAGUUUUAGGCGUCAAAGAUAACAAUAUGGAAUAAGUCAGAAAAAGACAGUCAAGUUGACUGUCUUGUUUACUUUGGUAGCUCUUAAAAAAAGGCAUCAGUUUUAAAUUCAGUCUGUUUCAGGACCAGCUUAAUGCUCCCUACAGGAUGGCUCCAUACAGUUUGGGAUUACAGAAUGAUCAAUAUACAAUGUCUGUGGCAUUUUUGUUUUUGUAUUUUGUAGCCGUUAAUUUUAUUACUAAUUAGUGUCCCAGUAUGUUAAAUACAUACAUCAGUCAGAAUUUAAAGUGUGCGUCUGUUUCAGGCGAUGCUGGUUCAUUCUUGAUGAGACUUUCCAAAGGCUUGAAGGGCCAUCGCUGCCCAGAGGAGUGGCCUCAGAGCCUCAAAGAAGGAGACAUUACCAAAGAAAAUACAAACAGGUAAGCAGAAAGUCAUGGUUGCUGAUACUUAUUUUAUGUUUGUCAACAGGCGUCGAAAACCAUCAAUGUUAUGAAAGCAAAAAAAAAAAAAUACUUCCAUCAAAGUUCCAUCUUCAGUAAAAAAAAAAAGCAAAGAAAAAACAGAUUUAUCAAUGCAAGUGCAACUCUGUUAUGAAAUUAUUAAGUCACUGUUACAUAAACUGGAACAUUUUUAUUCCAGGGCCAAAGCUGAUGAGAAGACCGAACACCACUUGAAUCCCUUGAAAGUCCUCCAUCGUGUGGAUGAGCUGAUGGCAGAGGACAGCAUCAUUGUUGCAGAUGGUGGAGAUUUUGUUGGUAGUGCUGCUUACAUAAUGAGACCAAGAGGACCUUUGCGUUGGCUAGAUCCAGGUAAGACAUCAUAGGCCAAACAACAACUGGUUUAUGAAGAACUGCUGUGAGUAAAAUUAUGGAUGUUUUAGCAAGUUUUAAAUCUGAAGGUAACUGAUGCGAGUUCAUCUCAUAUAUUUAGGAGGCUGGUCAACAGCAGUGUAUUAGGAGGUAAAAUGUUAUGUGUCAAUGACUUGAAAAGACUUGUUCUUUGUGCCCAGGUGCAUUUGGGACCUUGGGGGUAGGAGGAGGAUUUGCACUUGGAGCAAAACUGUGCCGGCCUGAUUCUGAGGUGACUUAUUGAGCUCUAAAACAGCUUUGUCUGUUUAUUCAAUGGUUACGGUUUAUCCUUGAUAAAUAAAAUGCUUUUUAUUUACUUUUUAGGUGUGGAUAGUGUAUGGUGAUGGUUCCUUGGGAUACAGUGUUGCAGAGUUUGACACAUUCACCAGACAUAAGGUAAAAUCUGUUAUUUUAGCAUUUACUUGACAUAAGCAGUAUAUAUGAAUCGGAGUUGGGGUUAGAUGCUGAUCAGAGACAGUCAACAUAUGCCCUCAUUGCUCUGUGCAGUGUUGUUCUUUGUAAGAUUAUAUAUAAACUAGGUUUUACAGUUUGUUUUUAAUGUUUUUUACAGACACCAGUCAUAGCUGUGGUGGGGAAUGAUGCAUGUUGGAGUCAGAUAUCCAGAGAGCAGGUUCCCAUACUGGGCAGCAACGUUGCGUGUGGCCUUGCAUUUACAGGUACAUUUUCCAUUAAAGCUGUUGUUUAAAUGUUGUCAUAGCUGAUAGUGUGUGUAUUGGUUAUAUCCCAAACUGUGAAUAUGAACAUAAUUAUCAGAAUAAUGUCUUUGCACUCACCAACUUGCUGAUCACUACUUUAUUUUCUCUCCACAGAUUAUCAUGUAGUGGCAGAUGGUUAUGGUGGUAAGGGCUACCUUGUAGGGCGUGAGGACGAGGACAGGAUCAGUGACAUCAUCAGGGAGGCUCAAAGGGAAAGCCAUGAGGGCAAGGCUGUACUCCUCAAUGUUCUCAUCGGAAAGACCAACUUUAGAGAAGGCUCAAUCUCUGUAUAAAGAUGCAAUGAUUAACUCUAACGACAAGUUCUUCUAACUGUUCUAUCUUUAACUCUCCAUAGACUGUCAGUCUCUAUGAAGGGUUCAAAAAAGAAGAGGAAAAUACUGUUUUACACUGUAGAGCUCAGUUCUGACAAGACCUAUGCUAAUCCUGUCAAAGCCAUGUUUAAUUAUGACGCCCUUUAAAGUACAUGAAUUGUCAGUUGCAAAAAAAAAAAAAUCCGUCAUGAGACAUAAGAUCUGCAAAAAUCUGUCAUCACUUCAGUAUUGCUGUACCUUAAAAACCUGCAGUUUCAUUAUCAUUAGAAUCAAAGCCACUUCUUUUAAUGCAAUAUAUUCAUAAUGCUAUAUUGCAACUGUUAAACAUAGCUACUAGCCUUAAAUCUGAAGCCUGUGUUGUGCAUCACAAUAUAUAUUUUUUUACGUUCAUGUUGUAGUGCAUAAAACAUUUGUUGCAUUUCCAAUAGAGUGUAGUAAGCUAUAAAGCAAGAAACUUGCUUUGUUUCAGUUUUUCAUCUUAAAGGGCUUUAGGUUAGAUUUUUGACAUUAAAGUAACCUGUUAUAACGUAAAACAAUUCUUUCAAAUAAACCAUGGAUUCAAAAUCAUUUGUGAGGGAGCAUCAGUUUAACUCCUCAAAUUUAACCAGUCUGCCUUUUCUCCUGUUCUAAAAUUAACAAGUAGCCUUUUGAUUGGGGGAACAUGAAAUCUUAAAGGUGCAAUAUUUUUAAUCUUGAUGAUAAUGAAUGAAAACAUUUGGAAGGAUUUUUUUUCAUGUUAAAGAUUGGAUUAGUAUGCCUUAUAUUACUUGAUUGUGUAUUUCAAUACAUUGAUUGAUAUGUAAAGAUUGAUAAUGUGACCAUUGAUUGAGUCAUCUAUUUAAAUUCUUUUGAAUACUGACUUCCAUUAUAUAAUGUGGGCUGCCGUUUUAAAGGCCUAAACAUGAUAUUUAUUGCACUGUAAAAAUAACACUCAUGCUCACCAUGUAAAAAUGUGUGGAUCAUUUCACUCCUAUAAAUUAUGUUGCUGUUUUUUUUUUUUUUUUUUCAAUAUGAGGAAGUUAUUUUAAACUGGAUUGUUACUUUGGUUUUCUUCUCAAAUAAAUGGGUGGGCUUCUUGGUGAAUCUAAGCAUACAUUGUACUGUGUACACUUGUUUAAUGUAAGCCUACAGUCAGUUUGAGAGGUAGAGUGAAAUUAGACUGUGUUUCAGGGUACAGAUGUAAGUGAUAGCUGCUUAAACAAAUGUUAAAAUAUGUGAACAUGUCUUACUUAUCGAUACUGUCUUUACUAUGAAUUGGGAUGAGGAAGGAUUUUAAGUCAGGUGCAACUCUGAUCAACUAAAUCAAAAUACACAUUGUAUUUUGAAGAUUUUGUAUUUUGAAGUCAUAUCUAUCAACCACCAAUGAGAGCUAGUAGCUGAUGAAGUGUAUGGAAGUAAAUCUGUGCAAUCUGAUUUUGAAUUUGAAUUUCUAAAGCUAGAAUUUGCUUGAAUGAAGCUUGAAUUUCUAAAAUUUUUUGCCUCAAAAUCAGACUGAAUUUCCGAACCAUCGAAUUUCAAGCAUGCAUUUUGAUUUCUGACAUUAUUUUUUUUUAUUUUAUAAUGAUGAAAUAAAUUCAGUGUAAAAAAA